GGGGUUUUGACCGCCCUCUCUGCAAAUGCGGAAGUAAAACUUGUUGGAGUUCACCCUCACUGCUGUCAGAGCUGCCGUGUCGCUGCUGCCCUGAAACAAGAACAGCAUCUAAAAAUGUCUUUGUCAUUCGAGGGGAAAGUCGUCCUUGUCACCGGCGCUGGAGGAGGCCUGGGGAGAGAAUAUGCUCUGGCUUUUGCUGCUAAAGGGGCAUCUGUAGUUGUGAAUGACCUUGGGGUAGACACAGCGGGAGGUGGAAAGAGUUCUGCAGCUGCUGAUAAGGUGGUGGAGGAGAUAAGAGCAAAGGGAGGCAAAGCUGUGGCAAACUACGAUUCUGUAGAAGAUGGAGAGAAGCUGAUCCAAUCGGCACUGGACGCGUUUGGAAGGAUUGACAUUGUUGUAAACAAUGCUGGGAUACUUCGGGACAGAUCUUUUCCCCGAACCAGUGAUUUGGACUGGGACCUCAUUCACAGAAUUCAUCUAAGAGGCUCUUUUCUGGUGACCCGAGCUGCUUGGAACCACAUGAAAAAACAGAAAUUUGGCAGAAUCAUCAUGACCGCCUCAGCUGCAGGCAUCUACGGAAACUUCGGCCAGGCCAACUACAGCUCUGCCAAGCUGGGCAUACUUGGGCUGGCCAACACUUUGGCAAUCGAGGGAAUCAAGCACAACAUCCACUGCAACACUAUUGCUCCUGUUGCGGGGUCACGCCUCACGGAAACCGUCAUGCCACCAGAUCUUGUGGCGUCACUGAAGCCUGAGCAUGUUGCUCCUUUGGUCCUCUGGCUCUGUCACGAGCAGUGCCAAGAAAAUGGAGGACUGUUUGAGGUUGGAGCAGGCUGGAUUGGUAAAUUGCGCUGGGAGCGUACUCGGGGCCAGGUUGUGAGACAAAAGAACAAACCGAUGACUCCUGAGGCUGUUCGGGACAACUGGGACAAAAUUUGUGACUUUGCAAACGCUACUAAGCCUGCUAAUAUAGCAGAGUCUCUGGAGUCAAUUUUGAGCGCGCUGUCUCAAGUGGAGUCUGGAGAAGCUGGUGCAAAUCCCACGGCAGGUCUGGGAUCGGCAGCAUCCGGAUCAGGAGCUAAUCCUGCCGCAGCUGCAGGACAAACCCUGUCAACGACCUCCUUCACUUACGACCAUUUACAGUGUAUUCUGUACGCGCUGGGGGUCGGCAUGUCCACCAAAGACCCUGACCAUCUCAAGUUCCUGUAUGAAGGUCAUCCAGACUUCAGCUGCCUCCCGACGUUCGGCGUCAUCCCCUCGUUCUCCGCCAUAAUGGGCGGUCAGAUCCUGCAGAUCCCUGGGAUGGACAUAAACUUAGCACAGGUUUUGCACGGAGAGCAGUAUCUGGAGCUUUUCAGACCUCUGCCAACUUCAGGUACCCUCACCUCCGUGAGCACCGUAGCUGAUGUGUUGGACAAAGGCUCUGGAGCUGUCAUCCUCUGUGAUGUGAAGACCUACAACGGUGAGGAGCUGGUGUGCUUUAACCAGUUUUCGGUGUUCGUGGUCGGAGCUGGAGGCUUUGGUGGCAAGAGGAGCUCAGAACAAGCUAAAGCUCCCGCGCCGCCUCCUAAGCGCGCACCAGAUGCUGUGGUGAUUGAAUCGACCACGAGAGACCAAGCUGCCUUGUACCGUCUGAGCGGAGACUGGAAUCCUCUUCAUAUUGACCCCAGUUUCGCCGCCAUGGCAGGCUUCAAGACUCCCAUCCUGCACGGCCUGUGCUCGUUCGGCUUCGCUGCGAGACACGUUCUCAAGCAGUUUGCUGACAACGACCCAUCCAGGUUCAAGGCCAUAAAGGUUCGAUUUGCAAAGCCAGUGAUUCCAGGACAGUCGCUGCAGACCGAGAUGUGGAAGGAGGGCAACAGAAUCCACAUCCAGUGCAAAGUGAAGGAGACGGGGGAUGUCGUGCUGACUGGAGCCUACGUGGAUUUACACGGAUCGACUAAAGCUUCUCCAGAAAGUCUCCCUCAGGAAGGAGGCCUCAGCAGCGAUCUGGUGUUUGCAGAGAUCGGGCGUCGUAUCAAAGAUGUCGGCUCGGAGUUGGUGAAAAAAGUGAACGCCGUCUUCGGCUGGGAGAUCACGAAGAACGGCAAGACGGCCGCGCAGUGGACCAUUGAUCUGAAGAAUGGCAGCGGCUCGCUGAUCAAAGGGCCGCACGGCGGGAAGGUGGAUGUGACCUUCGCUGUGUCGGACGAAGACUUCAUGGAGGUGGUGACGGGCAAACUUCAGCCUCAGAAGGCCUUCUUUGCUGGAAAGCUGAAGGUUAAAGGGAACAUUAUGCUGAGUCAGAAGUUGGAGGUCAUCCUGAAGGAUUACGCCAAGCUGUGAGCGCUCACUGCCCAAACCGACCAAUCAGAUGCCUCCAGGAACUAACCACCACAGACGGCUCCGUCCCCGCCUCUCGUUUCUGAUCCAUGUGUGCUUCGCCUCUCAUGGGAAUUUCAUAAAAAGUCACCCACCCACCGACCAGAGCAACACUUCAAGGCUGAGCGCCCCCUCUGAUAUUCAGCGUGGUCAGAAGAAUCAAAUAUGGACUCAAGUUUCAGGAGAAGCUUUUCAAUGGAGCUGAAUAAUUUACUAAAAGCAUUUUUUCUGUGUGUCGACUUACAGAAGUGAUUUGUGAUCUCAGCAUUAAUGAAAAUAGGCGUUUUUGUCCUAAAGCAACUGAUUUACUACAGUCGGAACGUUUUCCGUAACUGUAGCGUUAGUCGCUGCAGACUAGCUUCGUUAACUCGUCUGUAAUGACUAGUUCUAGAAUAAAAGCUGCUGUUUAAUACUUAAA